AUGGCUGCUUCUACGAGUGCGCUCGCUCAGCGCGCCACCAUCGCUCAAGUUCGCGUCGCCGCCAGAUCCCAAAAGCGCGUCGUCGUCGCGCGCCGAUGCGCUGUCGUCGCCGCGGUGUCUGAACCGGCGGCGGAAGCGGAUGGCAAGGCCGACAAGAAGCCGCGCCGCCGAUUCCCGCGCAAGAACGUUACCGUUGAAGACUCUGCCGUCGUCGUUGGCGCUGAGUUUUCGGGUAAGGUGAAGCGCAUCCAAGACUACGGCUGCUUCGUCGACUUCGGCGCCAAGCAAGACGGUUUGGUGCACAUCUCCGAGCUCAAGGAUGGUUUCGUCGAGUCUGUUGCCGAAGUUGUCUCCCAAGACCAAGAUGUUCAAGUUUGGGUGAAGGAGAUCAAGGAUGGCAAAAUUUCGCUCACCAUGAAGAAGCCCAAGUCCGAGGAAGAGCUCGCGGCCAUCAAGUCUGAGCAAGAGGCCAAGUUCCUCGCUCGCCAAGAGUACAAGAAGCAACAGGACGCGAAGGUUCAAGCUGUUAAGGGCUUGAAGAAGGGUGAAAAGGUUGAGGGUGAAGUCAAGUCGAUCCAACCGUUCGGCGCCUUUGUUGAAGUCGCCGAAGGCUGUGAAGGUUUGCUUCACGUCACUGAACUCUCGGAUGACUUCAACGUCAAGGUUGAAGACUUCGUGAAGGUGGGCGACAAGGUGACCGUCACCAUCGUCGGCAUCGAAGGUGCUAAGGUCAAGCUUUCCAUGAAGGAAAAACUCAACUUGAAUGAAAUGAAUGCUGAAGCCUCCGCCGCUGUCGAGGGUGCUGUCAGCGCCAUGGAGUACGCGCUCAAGAAGAAGGGUAUUUCCGCGAGCAUGUUCCCGUCCACGUCCGAGGCUAAGGCUACUCCGGCUCCGGCCACUCCCGCCGCGGCUCCCGCCGCGGCUCCGGCCGCCGCGGCUCCAGUCACCGCGGCCCCGGCCGAGGAAAAGAAACCAGCUGCGGCUGCUGCCGGUGGCAUCUCCGCCGCCCUCGUCAAGCAACUCCGCGACUCCACCGGCUGCGGCAUGAUGGACUGCAAGAAGGCGCUCGCUGAGAAUAACGGAGACAUCGAUGAAGCGACUGCCUGGUUGCGCAAGAAGGGUAUGGCGUCGGCCGACAAGAAGCAAAGCCGCAUCGCCGCGGAAGGUGCCGUUGUGUCGUACAUCCACGCUGGCUCCCGCAUUGGUGUUUUGUUAGAGUUGAACUGCGAGACCGAUUUCGUCGCUCGUGGUGACAAGUUCAAGACGCUCGCUCAAGAUCUCGCGAUGCAAGUCGCGGCCUGCCCGGAGGUGGAAUACGUCCUUCCGUCGGACGCCGACCAAGAAAUGGUCGAGCGCGAGCGCGCCAUUGAGAUGCAAAAGGAGGACCUCUUGUCCAAGCCGGAACAAAUUCGUGAGAAGAUCGUCACUGGCCGCAUCGAGAAGCUCGUGAACGAGAAGGCUCUCGUCACCAAGGACUUCAUCAAGGAUACCAGCAUUACUGUUGAAGAGCUCGUGAAGGCGGUGACUGCAGAGAUUGGCGAGAAGAUCUCCAUCCGUCGAUUCGAGCGUUUCAACCUCGGUGAAGGCAUCGAGAAGCGCGUGGAUGACUUCGCCGCGGAGGUGGCGGCUCAAACUCAAGCUAAGGCACCGGCUCCACCGAGUGAAGAGAAAAAGGAGAAGGAAGAGGAGAAGAAAGAGGUGUCCACUGUGAAGGUCGACGCGAAGCUCGUCAAGCAACUCCGCGACUCCACCGGCUGCGGCAUGAUGGACUGCAAGAAGGCGCUUGGUGAGAAUAACAACGACAUCGAUGAAGCGACUGCCUGGUUGCGCAAGAAGGGUAUGGCGUCGGCCGACAAGAAGCAAAGCCGCAUCGCCGCGGAAGGUGCCGUUGUGUCGUACAUCCACGCUGGCUCCCGCAUUGGUGUUUUGUUAGAGUUGAACUGCGAGACCGAUUUCGUCGCUCGUGGUGACAGGUUCAAGACGCUCGCUCAAGAUCUCGCGAUGCAAGUCGCGGCCUGCCCGGAGGUGGAAUACGUCCUUCCGUCGGACGCCGACCAAGAAAUGGUCGAGCGCGAGCGCGCCAUUGAGAUGCAAAAGGAGGACCUCUUGUCCAAGCCGGAACAAAUUCGUGAGAAGAUCGUCACUGGCCGCAUCGAGAAGCUCGUGAACGAGAAGGCUCUCGUCACCAAGGACUUCAUCAAGGAUACCAGCAUUACUGUUGAAGAUCUUGUGAAGGCGGCGACUGCAGAGAUUGGCGAGAAGAUCUCCAUCCGUCGAUUCCAGCGUUUCAACCUCGGUGAAGGCAUCGAGAAGCGCGUGGAUGACUUCGCCGCCGAAGUUGCUGCCGCGACUGGUGCGAAUUAA